ACGACACCACCUAGCCAACUUCGAGCGUCGUACUCGUCAAGAUGGCUGAUUCGAAGCACUACUACGAGCUGUACCGGCGGAGCACACUAGGCGGAGCAUUAACGGACACGCUUGACAACCUGAUCACCGAGCGCCGCAUCGAACCGCAGCUCGCUUUCCGGAUUCUCACAAAUUUCGAUAAGGCGGUCUCGGAGAUAUUGGCGGAAAAGGUCAAGAGCCGGCUACAUUUCAAGGGCCACCUCGAUACCUACCGCUUCUGCGACGAUGUCUGGACCUUUAUUAUCAAGGAUAUCAACUUCAAGCUCGACAAUAACAACACUAUUCACGCCGACAAAGUCAAGAUAGUCGCAUGUAACACGAAGCGCCCGGGCGAGGUCUAGAGGUCAUUUAAUCGGCGACAUAGAGUGGGAGGCAAACGCGAGAGGAGCAUGAUGAAGAAGGAGGCGCGAACGGCUGCCAGUCCAAGGACGAACAAGCGGCAUUGAUUCUUUUGCUUUGAAUUGCAUUCAGAACUCCCAUGAUCGGGUGAAGGCGUUCAGGAAUCUCAUGGAUAUGGAUGGGUACAAUCGAACUUGCAAGGCAGCGCUCGGAGUUAUCGGCAUGGCUAUCAUCGAGGAAGACGAUGGGGAUCCGGCCUUUCUUUCUUAUUCAACUAGUUCGGGAAGCGUUCCUUUAUAAUGGAAGGAUAGCUGAAUCAUACAUGAUACCGAAAACACAC